UUCCUUUUGUGCCGCUAAAUGAUGUUUGUUCAAAGUUCAAAGAAAAGUCCCGGCUCAUCACAUCAUCUGUUUAAAGUUUAUGAAUUUAUCUCUCUUUAGCGAGUACUGUGUUUUUUCUCUUUCUCUUUCUCUUUCUCUUUCUCUGCUGUGUCUCUGUGAACAUCAGAGAGAGGGAAUCGUAAGCAGGGUUUCUUCUUUUGAGUGCUUAAAGCUUUUUCUUAUUAACACUAAGAAUUCGUAUAAGACACAUUAUAUAAACGAUCUCCGGACGUUAAUGGAGGCAAUAUCAGUGGUAGAUUCUUCACCCAUGUCCAGUCAACAACAAGAUUCACUGCCAGAGGCUUCACCAAAGCCCCACGGCAAGAAAUCUUUCGUCACGACGCUAAUGGAAGCAGCGACUCUUCGGACUCCUUCUUUCAAAGAGGACUCUUACUUCAUCUCAAAUCUCAAAUCAUCUGAAAAGAAAGCUUUACAGGAACUGAAGAACAAGCUUGUGGACUCUCAUGGCUCUGGUAAUGAGUGCUCCAUGUGGGGUAUUCAUCUUCUGGGUGGCGAUGAAAAAGCCGAUGUGAUACUUUUGAAGUUUUUGAGAGCAAGAGACUUUAGAGUCCUGGAUUCUUUUAACAUGUUGGAGAAGUGUUUGGCUUGGCGCAAAGAGUUUGGAGCAGACGGUGUCUUAGAGGAAGAUUUGGGGUUCAAAGAACUUGAAGGUGUGGUGGCGUAUAUGCAAGGGUACGAUAAAGAAGGACACCCUGUUUGUUACAAUGCUUAUGGGGUUUUCAGAGAUAAAGAUAUGUAUGAGAGGAUUUUUGGAGAUGAGGAGAAGCUGAAGAGAUUUUUAAGGUGGAGAGUUCAGGUUUUGGAGAGAGGCAUAAACCUUUUGCAUUUUAAGCCCGGUGGAAUUAACUCUAUUAUUCAAGUUACUGAUCUUAAAGACAUGCCUAAAAGAGAGCUUAGAGUUGCCUCUAAUCAGAUCCUCUCUUUGUUUCAAGAUAAUUACCCUGAAAUGGUUGCCCGCAAGAUUUUCAUCAAUGUGCCAUGGUACUUCAGUAUGCUGUACUCAAUGUUCAGCCCGUUCCUCACUCAGCGAACUAAGAGCAAGUUUGUGAUUUCUAAGGAAGGAAAUGUAGCUGAGACACUAUACAAAUUUAUAAGGCCAGAAGACAUUCCAGUACAGUAUGGUGGAUUGAGUCGACCCAGUGAUUUGAACGGCCCACCUAAACCGGCUUCUGAGUUCACUGUCAAAGGAGGAGAGAAAGUUAACAUUCAGAUUGAGGGGAUUGAGGCUGGUGCAACAAUAACAUGGGACUUAGUUGUGGGAGGCUGGGACUUGGAAUAUAGUGCCGAGUUCGUUCCCAAUGCUGAAGGGAGCUACACUAUUGCAGUUGAGAAGCCUAGGAAGAUUUCUCCAUCAGAAGAAGCUAUUCACAACUCAUUUACCUCAAGUGAAGCCGGCAAAAUGGUGGUUUCUGUCGACAACACCCUUUCCCGGAGGAAAAAGGUUGCUGCGUAUCGCUACAUUGUCCGGAAAUCCACCCACGUCUAAGCUGUUUCAAUACCUCUAAUUAUAUUUUUAAAGAGUAUUUUGCUUAUCAUAAUCUUAACCUGCUCUUCUGAGCUGUUUGUGAACAUGUUCAGUCUACUCAGUAAUGUAUUAAUGUGAUAUGUAUAAAUAAUUGGUACCAUGAUUAUUUAGACUCUUUGUAUGGCUUCAUAUAGUAGAAGAAAGCAGAUUAUAGCUCAAAUCUGUGUUUGUGGAGAGAGUUAGAGGAGAUUUUAGAAGUUGGGUGAGUGGUUUUUAAGUCUUUGUAGCAGAGUGGGAGACAGAUGAAGCGAGAGAUAAGCUGUUUUGCCUUUAUUUGGGACUGUGUCUCCUGACAAAAGAGUUUUUUCCGCGUGAUGAAUGGCUCUGCCUGGGCUUUGAAAGUGAUUUUGCUUCUUCA